UCUUCGAUUGCAAAGAAGUUCAAAACAAAAACUUUCAAAAUGUUCAAAUUGUUCGCAGUCUGCUUCUUCGCUCUCUUCGCUGUUGUCUUCGGUGCUGCUAAGCCCGGUUUGCUGGCUGCGCCCGUUGCAUACUCAGCACCAUUAGCCGCUGCUCCUCUUGCUGCUGCCUACGCCGCUCCAGUUGCCGCCGCUUAUGCUGCUCCCGUUGCUUAUACCGCCGGCUAUGCUGGUUACGUCGCGCCAUACGCCAGCAGCUACUCAGCUCACUCCAUCGCACACUCUGCCGCUUUCCCAGCUGCUUAUGCUGCCGCUCCAGUAGUUGCUGCCCCCGCACCUGUUGUUGCUGCUGCCCCUGCUGUUGCUGUAUUGAAGAAAUAAACGGCAUUGAAGAAAUAUUUAGUUUGAAUGGAAUUUGAAAAUACAAAACGAAU